AUGAGCAGCGGUGGAUGGUCCCCCUGUCUUCGAGCCCUGGGUGGACAAAGGAGCUUCUAGAAAGAGAGGAGGAUGGCUAGUGGGAAUGGGCUCCCUUUGUCCUUGGCCCUUGUGGCCAAGCGCCCCUCCGCCCUGGGCCCAUUCCCCAGAUACAUCUGGAUCCACCAGGACACACCCCAAGAUAGCCUAGACAAGACUUGUCAUGAAAUCUGGAAGAGAGUCCAGGGCCUGCCAGAGACCUUGCAGCCCAGGACCUCAACGGAGCAGCUCCCUGCCCCCAUGGCUGGGACUCCAAGAGAUCAUGGGUUCAGCUUCCAAGAAGAAGCCCUGGAACUCAGCAGUGGCAAAGAUGAGAUCUCCCUGUUGGUGGAGCAGGAGUUCCUGAGCCUCACCAGAGAGCACCUCAUCCUGGUCAAAGAGAGCUCAGGGGAGCCGGAGGCAACUGGCAACUGUCCCAAGGGGACCAGAGAACCUGCUCCCUGCAUUCUCACACCUCCCCUGGUGGCAGGCAGCAGUGAACACCCAGGAGCCUCUGUCAUUGCCGGUGACAAGGUUAUGGAGCAGGUGUCCAUGUCCAUUAUUGGCAGCCGGCAGGACUGCGAUUCUGCCAUGUCUGCAGUCACGGGCAUCCUGUGUGCCACCAAAGUCAAGAGUGCCAAGGGGACAGAGGACGGGGGCCAUAGCCCGGGUGCCUCCAACUCGGAGAUCAGCAAGCUCCUGGCCCAGUUCCCGUUGAAGUCCACUGAAACGUCUAAGGCCCCUGACCACAAAAUGGUGCUGGAGGAGACAAGAGUCAUCAAGGACUUCCUGCAGAACAGCAUGUUAAGUGGCCCUGGGCCCAUGGAGCCUGGGGGGCUGGGCCCGUUCCUGCUGCUGCCACCCCCUCCUCCCCCAGGACUCCCCGACAAGCUCCCUGACCUCCCUGCUCAGAAGAGGCAGCUUCCCGUGUUUGCCAAGAUCUGCUCCAAGACCAAUGCUGACCUCACCUUGGAGGGGCUGAGUGAGUGGGGCUGA